AUGGCGUACAAGAGGACAUUCAGUAAUAGAGCUGGAGCUGGAGGGGUAUCCUCUGGUUCUGGCGAUGAGGUUGUGAUUGAAUUGGACAAGAAGAAGCAAGUUACAAUCAGAAAGUUCAACAACAUCAAUUUGGUGGAUAUCAGAGAAUUCUACAUUGACAAAGAUUCAGGUGAAAAGAAACCUGGAAAAAAAGGAAUAUCUUUGACGGAGGAUACAUGGUACAAGCUUUUGGACUCAACCAACAAGAUCCAGCUGGCGUUGGAUAUUCUCAAUGGAGGCUCGUCAGGAUCGGCACCAUCCCCAAAGAAGACGAAGGUAGACAAAAAGACAGACAAGAAGGAGAAGGCAGAGCAUAAGGAUGAGACUGAAGAAAAGAAAGCUGCCAAAAUCGAAGAAGAAGAACACAUCAGUGAUGCUGAUGAAUAG